AUGAUCUCUGGUCGGCCUCAGGAUGCGUGGACUGAAACACAGCUGCCAGCUCUCUUUAACAGCAACACCUUCCUCACUGUAGGCUGCCUGGGUGAUGUGGGGGAUUUAGCAGGCUCAGACUACGAUGUACAGGCUGUGGACAUCGGACAUCUAAGCGGCAAUCCCAGCGGUGCCUCCAAAUGUUGUACCCCUGAAUAUGGGGCGCCUUGCUGCGGUAAACUGUAUGUUUGUCGGCUGUGCCAUGAUGCAGAGGACAACCACCAGAUGGAUCGCUUCAAAGUCCAAGAGGUGCAGUGCUCCAAGUGUCACACAGUGCAGCAGACGCAGCAGACCUGUCAGCAUUGUCAUGUGCAGUUUGGGGAGUAUUACUGUGAUAUAUGCCACUUGUUUGACAAGAAUAAGAAACAGUACCACUGCCAGUCCUGUGGAAUCUGCAGGAUCGGGCCCAGGGAGAAAUACUUCCACUGUGAGAAGUGUAAUCUGUGUUUAGCUAAGGAUUUGCGAGGAAACCACAAGUGUGUUGAAAAUGUUUCGAGACAGAACUGUCCAGUGUGUAUGGAGGAUGUUCACACUUCCAGAAUUAGAGCGCAGGUCCUGCCAUGCAGUCACCUUCUGCAUAAGUAUGAUUCUUUACUCACUCCAUAG